GUCAGGGGUGGAGUCACUGCCGAGGACUGCUCAUUAGAAUCCCACACCCGAUAUGGACAACGACACUCAAACAUACUCGUCAUAUGGCGCCUACUUCGCUCCACUCAGAUCCAAUGGCCCUGGCGAGGAGUUGCUAGGCGCAGGGCUUACUGGCGACGACUUGGCAGCCAUCCCGGAACACUGGCUGUCGUACCCGGCGCCGCCUGUCAGCGCCCACACGGCCCUCGCGCUGCUCUACACCUUCUUUACUGCAGCCGCGCUCAUCGGAAAUGGACUCGUCAUACUCAUCUUCUCCACAACAAAAUCUCUUCGUACUUCAAGCAACCUCCUUAUCCUCAACUUAGCGAUAUUGGAUUUCAUCAUGAUGUUGAAAGCUCCGAUCUUCAUCUACAACAGUGCGAUGCGAGGGUUCGCCGUCGGGAACAUGGGCUGUCAGAUAUUCGCUCUCAUGGGCGCCUACAGUGGUAUUGGGGCUGGCAUGACUAAUGCUUGCAUCGCAUAUGACAGGCAUUCUACCAUCACUCGACCGCUGGACGGGCGCCUGUCUAAAGGCAAAGUACUGCUGAUGAUCGCCUUCACCUGGAUAUACUCCACGCCGUGGGCUCUGAUGCCCUUGCUCAAGAUUUGGGGCAGAUUUGUCCCAGAGGGCUAUCUUACGUCUUGCACGUUCGACUACUUGACCAACACGUUUGACACCAAACUGUUCGUCGCCUGCAUCUUUGUUUGCAGCUACGUGUUCCCGAUGACAAUGAUCAUUUACUUCUACAGCGGCAUCGUCAAACAAGUGUUUGCUCAUGAAGCAGCACUAAGAGAACAAGCCAAGAAAAUGAACGUCGAGUCUUUGAGAGCCAACCAGACCGCAGGAUCCCAGACGGCGGAGAUACGGAUAGCCAAAGCAGCGUUAACCGUGUGCUUCCUCUUCGUCGCAGCCUGGACGCCGUAUGGUGUCAUGGCUCUCAUCGGAGCCUUCGGUGACCAACAACUGCUCACACCCGGGGUGACGAUGAUUCCCGCGGUAGCGUGUAAGACUGUUGCAUGUAUAGACCCGUGGGUUUACGCCAUCAGCCAUCCUAAAUACAGACAAGAACUCCAACGGCGGAUGCCUUGGCUUCAGAUCGACGAACCUGACGACGCGGCGUCGACAGCUACCACCAACACCGUCCAAGUCCCGCCCGCCUCUGCCUGAACACGAACCACUCACCUCACCCAAGCUCAAACUGAGAUAGUACCUGCCUGUAAAUUUUAUUUAUAUAAGAUAUGCUAUGUUAUACGAC